AUGGGAACUAAAGGAAGGAUGGAGGAUUCCCUGGUAUUACAUGGAAUGGAGUUCAUAUUUUUGCGACAGGCGUUAGGAUGCACCAUGUUGAACGCUAUUCCUCAGCACCUCCCUAACCGUGACUCCGUGAGAGAGCGUCGACCGGGAUUGAGCAUGCCCAGGUCUGAUAUUCACGAUACUACCUCGGUUCGUGGCAUGUAUAUGAAAGAUCCGAAGGGUCUCCAUCUUACCAUCUGCUUCAAAAAUGCCGAGCAACUCACCAACAACACGCAUAUCGCUAGUCAUGGAUACGUCACGGACAGAUCAAAAACCUUUAUUCAUGAAGCAACACACACGCCGGAAAAAGAAGACGAAACUAAGAAAGAUAACGGGCUUGAUGUUUGGCCUAGCGGCUUACCUUGUGUUGCUGAAGUCGCCUAUGGCCAGGUGCCGAAGCCGGAAGAAAUUCAAGUGGGGGUAGUUAUCUGA